UGCGUGCAGCAACGCCUCUCUCACAUGUAGAUACGAUUCAUGUUCGCCUCUCUCAAUCAGAUACUGCGAUUGGACGCAUGUGAUCAAGGGUGCGGAGAAAAUGCAAUUUGCAAUUGGCUCGUCUGCUUCAAGGAGGGGUUAACCGAGAUAACCCGGAAAAGAAGACAGAGCAGCGACUCAGUUCCGAGACCGACUGUGAAACUGUCAGUCUUAUCAUGGCUGGAGCUGGAGGUGACAAGCCUUUCGCCAAGGCCGGCCCAAGCCCUUUAUCUCGGGUUUUGAGAAUCAGUCAGCUGGAUGCUUUUGAACUGGAUGGUGCACUGGAACAGCUUGUUUGGUCACAGUUCACCCAAUGUUUCCAGCAUUUUAAACCUGGGAUCUUAACCCCUGUGGAACCAGAACUCAAAGCGCUUCUCCAGCUCCUCCUGUGGAGGUUCACCAUCUACUCCAACAGUGCCACCGUGGGCCAGUCACUGCUCAACAUUCGGUACAAGAAUGCACUGAUCCCGGGACAGAAAUACCGGCCCAUGAGUCGGCCACAGAAGUUUUGGUUUGCUUUGCUGACGGUGGGUGAAAAGUGGUUUAGAGAGCGCUCCCAUAGCUUGUUUCUCAACCACCCAGCAGAGUCCAACGCUCGCAAAGCCCGUAAAGUACUCAGCAUCUUGUUGGGCCUCACCAAAGCGGCCAGCCUGGUCAACUUCCUACUUUUCCUCCAAAGAGGAACCUUUCCGACCCUUACCGAAAGAUUGUUGGGAGUGCAGCCAGUCUUCAGUCGACCCCAAGGGCCACGAGACAUCAACUUCCAGUACCUGAACCGGGAGCUGUUGUGGCACGGCUUUGCUGAGUUUCUCAUCUUCCUGCUGCCUUUAAUAAAUGUAUGGAAGCUGAAGGCUGGUGUUUCAGCUCUGUUUUCUCCUCUUAGUGACCUAACGGGAACGCAGAGUUCAGAGGAAACCCAUCUCACAGAGUGUGCCAUCUGCGGGGAGUGGCCCACAAUGCCCCACUCCAUUGGUUGCAAGCAUGUGUUCUGCUACUACUGUGUCAAGAGCAAUGUGAUUGCUGACAUUUACUUUACCUGCCCCAAAUGUGGUGCGGAGACCGGGCAGAUAGAGCCAGUCAGGCUGCAAGUAGGAACAGAGUUGCUUCAGAGCUGACACUCAGACAGCCUGCUGAUUGACUUGAGAUACAUACAACAGAGUAACUUGAGAUCAAGUUGAACGUCUAUCACAGAGAUUAGUUGAUGAAAGCGUAUGCCUUGUGCCUUUUUUUCUGAAAUGAGAGCAUUUGUUGCCAUGAAAUAUGCAGAAAUUUGUACAAAGAGACAAACUUAAUGAUGUAAAAUUCUAAAACAACAUCAUUUGUGUCGCUAAUUUAUUCAGCCUCAUUAAAGUUUGAUGGAAGCUGUGUAUCAGAGGUCCACUUUCCUGCAUUCUUGGAUUGAGCGCUGAGCAAAUGAAUAAACAUCAAAACAAGCCUUUGCUCAACUGCCUGCACGAUCCAAUUCCCCUCAUCCCCUAUGAAGAGAGAAAUUUGCACAAGAUCAAGGAGAGGCCAUGAUAGCACCAGGGGGUAGUGGGGUAAGAUGCAGAUUGACAGGCAUCCCAUCCUAAUCUCCAUGGCCCUUCUUAAUACGCCAGUAAACUGUAACAAACCAGAGUAGGGCCGAUGCAAGUUUCGGGCAUAUUAUGCUCUAAGCCUAAUAAUGACUGCAAAGAUGGGUAUUUAUUCUGCUGUUAACUCUCUCCAGUGAGCCAUGCCUGAGGCCAAACACAUCCAAAUGGACUCAGACCUUCUGGAAACUCGCACUCUAGUUUUUUUUUUUUCCUCCCCCAGACCACAUUGCCUUAAUUGCCCAUUGUGAAGGCAAUCAGUCAAUUCUCUGGGCAAGAGGAACCAGUGGUUUCCAAGAUUUUGUCAUUUUUUGAAAUCGCUGAUCUCAAGUUCACUGUGACAAAGACUUGAAAAUUGGGAACAUGGCACACCGAUUCACCCUCAUGUGGAUUCGCUGACAUUAUUAUGCAUAUGGUCGAAAACACGGGACCACCAAGAAGUGUAGCUCUCGGUAUAUUCAAAACUGCCCAAGUUUACGCGAACACUGAGUUAACAAAAAAAAUGUUCAAAAGAUAUUUAAUGUGCAACAGCGUCUGUUUAUACCCUUUGUUUUCCUUCAUAGGAUUAAAGGAACUUGCCGCCACUGUUCUGGAAAUGUUCAGUAAUGAUUGCCAAUUUACAAUAUACUCAACAUAUGGUUCUGGUGUAUACCACAUACAUGUAGAUCGAAUCCAGGGAACAUCUGUCCUUCAAAAUACAUUUUUAAUGACUUCAAAAGCAUUCAAAUACAAUCCUGUAAAACUGAAUACCAAACAUAACAGACUGUUGCGUAUUGUAUACUGUGUGUAUAUUUUGAGUAUAUUGUAAAUUUAAUUAAUGAUACAUAUUUUUCAAAACUGGUUAAUUUGUUUAAUCAGGUCGGUAGAGUAAAAAGGUAUGCAAUGAUAAAAACAAUAGUAAUAUAAAAACAUUAUUUAAUUAGAUUAUAACUUUGUUAAGGGGAUGAGUGUUAAUUUCUGUGAAGAAUGGUAGCUUAAAAGCUGAUUUUCUAAGUGGAGCACCACUCAUAUUUCAAUAAAAAGAGACACUCUGUAUAACCUAUGCAUAAUUUUAAACAUUAUGUUGUAAUAAAAUAAACUGAGAUGAAAGCCAUCCAGUUAAAUAAAAGUAACUAAUGUUGUAAUUUAAAAGGUUUUUGAACACAAUGUGUAUUUUAUGUAGCUAAACACACAAACAUCCCUGUAAGUCAAAUGCAAAGAUUUCUCUUGUCAUUUUUCUUUGUAACAGUUAUCUAAAGAGUCGACCCUCAUUUUGCUCUUUAUCUUCUCCAAAUCUCAUUUACACUCAGGAUUGCGACAGUCUCCAAUCAGCUAUAAAAUCUGCAGUCUUUGACACCAUUUACUUUGCCAAUUGCCCACAUUCUAUUUUUUUCUGUCUUUUCUUUUUAACAUACACACUGGGUGUUACAGUAGACAUGGCCAUAUUCACACUCUGAUGAGUGAUCCUGCUCAUUUCAAUCCACACAUUCUUGAACCUUUGAUGUCAGGCGUUGAGUUCUCUGAUUAACAGAUUUGGAUUUAAAGAGCUCUACUUUUGUGUAAUGCUACUUACCCUUUGCGGCUAUUCUAUGCUAAAUUAAAUAGCAGCCAAAAGAUGUACUCUAUUUUAUAUUUGUGUUUAUAGGACCCUAAAAGAGUUUUUUUUCUUGUUUUUUAUUAUAGAGAGAGAGAGAUUUUCAUUUUUUUAGUUUUCCUUCUGUUUUCAUGGUUCGUAGUAGUAUUACAAUAGCUAUGUUUCUGUCACAAUUUGCUCAAGAAAUUUUGACACCUAAAUGCUGGUGAAAUGAAUGCCAGAGCAGCUAUGUAGCAGGUAUGUGCAGACACUGGAGAGCAGUGGCUGAAGUGGAAAAGGGGAACUUUUCUUUUUUUAACGGCAUACCUUUACCAUUUCGUUUACUGUUAACGACACAAGAUGUUUGAAUAAUGUUAGAAACCAGCCAUUGACUUGUGUAGUAGGAAAAAAUACAUUGGAAGUCAAUUGCUAUUGGUAGCAAACAUUCCUCAAAAUAUCUUCUUUUUUUCUUAAUUUUUAUUUUAAAUAAAGACAGGUUUAAAUUAAA